CGUAUCCCACAAUGCCAUUGUUUAUGACGGAGGAAGAGCCCCUCUGAGUUAUUUCCGGACUUGGUGGUGGUUGUCAGUGCUGACGAAUCAAUUUCAGGUCCUCCUAUCUCGGUGGAGAGUCUGGCUGGUGUCAAACGCACAUCUUUUCAAAAUAUUGCACAAGAAAAAUCACGUAAAAGAGCAAGAUGACGACUAUGUUUGCAGAUACGAUCCUGAUCGUGUUCAUCUCGGUUUGCACAGCUUUAUUAGCCGAAGGUAUAACGUGGGUGCUCGUCUACAGAACUGACAAGUACAAAAGGCUGAAGGCUGAAGUUGAAAAGCAGAGUAAAAAAUUGGAGAAGAAGAAGGAGACCAUCACAGAAUCUGCAGGGAAACAACAGAAGAAGAAGAUUGAGAGACAAGAGGAGAAACUGAAGAAUAACAAUCGAGAUCUCUCCAUGGUUCGAAUGAAGUCCAUGUUUGCCAUUGGGUUCUGCUUUACUGCGCUGAUGGGAAUGUUCAAUUCCAUAUUUGACGGCCGCGUGGUCGCCAAGCUUCCCUUCGCCCCCCUGUCCUACAUCCAGGGACUGUCUCACCGAAACCUGCUGGGGGACGACUACACAGACUGCUCCUUCAUCUUCCUCUACAUCCUCUGCACCAUGUCCAUCAGACAGAACAUCCAGAAGAUGCUGGGUCUCGCUCCAUCCCGGGCCGCCACCAAGCAGGCGGGCGGCUUCUUGGGACCCCCUCCGCAGGCAGCCAAGUUCUCCUGAGCCGCCCCCCUCCCUCUGGUUCCAGGACCGGGCACUCCCAGACCAGCGUGAGCGUGGCACCGCGGCCCUGAAGUAGUGCCACGGCUGAACGUACGAGAACAGAAAACAUUUCCAUCUGUGCCAGUGAUCACCUGCAGCAGGGCCUUGUGUUUAUUAUUAUUAUUAUUAUUAUUUGUUUUAAAAUUACUCUGUAGUUGUUAAUGUUUUAGCAGCAAAGGUACAGACCCCAUGCUCUUUACCUGGUGCAGAAAACUGCUACAUUCUUUCGAUUUAGGGUUAGGCCAAUUUUUUUAAAAUCUUAAACUCAGUAUUCAAAUUCUCAGAUGGCCCGUCUUUCUACACCUCUGCCAUUUCAGCAGUGCAUUUUUAAAGGGGGUUGGGGAGAGAGGGUUAAUGAAUUUACCCAGAUUAAUAUAUCACCCCCCCCCCCAGGGUAAUACAUCGCACACUCUCUUUCACACCCAGGGUGAUACAUCACUCACUCACUCACUCACUCACUCACUCUCUCUCUCUCUCUCUCUCUCUCUCUCUCUCUCUCUCUCUCUCUCUCUCUCUCUCUCUCUCUCUCUCUCUCUCACACACGCGUGAUUCUUUAAAAAUAAUUAAAUGCAGUACAUUUUAAAAUAUGUAAGUGGUGGUAGUAUUUAUUAAUGCGUCCCCCUAUUAGUUUUCACAGUGGGGAUCUUGCCUGUACCCAGUUUUGCAGAACUCCUCCACAAGAGAUGUUAAAGCCAUACAGUAUGCAACAGGGCUGGGGCUUGGCUUUGAAAGGAUGGUGCUCAAGCUCCGUGUAUGCGGGUCUAACCUUUGAGCCACACUGCCUGCCACACUGAUGGGAAAAUGUACAGAUGGUGGACUCGGUUUUAAAAAAUCAGUCCAGUUUACCCUUCUACAUAAUUUAUCGCAGUAAGUUUUGUUGCACAUGGUACUGUAUAUGUUCAUGAAAUGCUAAUUAAAAUAAGACCUAAAAGUC